GUCUCUUGCGAACUCCGUUGACGACAUGUUGCCUACUCGAAGUCUCAAGGUGAUCUUAAAGGUAGCAAAGCAUAAUGAACAUGUUGGAUGCCAUUCCAGUUGAAGACUGGCGGUCGGCUUCCGAGACCUGAAUUCCAUUCUUCCCCCUCUUCGUCUUGCCUAAACCCCGGAUGUAUCCGUUUGAUAGCAUCUGAUCUGCGCACAUCUCAAUAUGUUGUCGCCGGUCAGGAUGUCCCCGUGUUCUGCACGCGUUUGUGGCAUGCCAUUAGUACGGCGCUGUCAUGACCUUACCAUUAGAUUGGCAUGGUCUUGAACCUUUUCAUGCCACUUUCCUCUCCACUUCCUCACAAGAUAUAGGACGUUUUCCCCCAGACAUUUAUAUGGAUAAUGACAUUCGACACGCAACGCUUCAGAGUGUGAAGCAACUUCGUCAUGAUCGUGAAACGACAUUCGCAGAAUUCACCUCUCUUUCACAAGAGUUGAGCACAUGCGCGAAAGAGGCACGCCUGUAUUGCAUGCCCGGCACCGCUCAGCAAGUGGAUAGACUCGUGAAUACCUGGGCCACAUACUCGCAGUCGUAUACUCGCAUUAUAUGGCGCUCGCGGCGUAUUGCAGAGAGAGCCGGGCAAACUGCUCAAGCCUUCAUAUCCUUCAUCUUGCAACUCACAGACCAGGGCGCCGUCUCGAGAUCGGCGGCCGACGAAAUUCAUCGAUACAAACAGACCAUCGCGAGAGAUAAUGCACGUUCGCGGGACCUCGUUGAUGACAUACUGGCUCUGCAAAGGGAUGUUGAUACUUUUUACGGUCGCUGGCAAAGUGUCUUCAGUCAUCCCGAAUAUGAAAGGACCACUACAUCGAAGCGCUUGGAUCGCAUGUUGACCAGCAUUCGAACGAAGCUUUCAGGCGUGCGCGAUACAAUUGGCCGAAUAACUACAGCCUCAGCUUGCGGCAGUGAUAGCACAAUUUAUGCCUAUUCAGACGAUAGUUCUACGAAUUUGUUACAGGAACCUCAACCAGAUGAGCCUUUUGUUCACAUCGAUGCUCAGGCAACUGCCUUUGCCAAUCUGGCAAAGCAUUUUGGGAUCAUUGCGUCUGUCUGGAUUUCCGUUCCGGCUGACCUUCAUGUCAUUGACAAUCUCAUAGGGACUUACGUUGGCACUCCCGAUAAGCCAUACAUGGCGCCGGCUUUACAAGCUCGUUUGGAUCGGAUGCAUGACGCAUACGCAUUUCUUGCGGAGCUUUUCUCCACGUAUCAGCGUUCUGUGAACAAUCGAAGUCCUGUUUUCAAGCGAGGAUGAACUGUGUCGACAGUUCUGUACUUAUUCACAACAGCAGGCAGUUUAAGAAUCGUAAUAAUAGUACUACUGCUACAAACGAAGUCCGUCCAUCGAAAGGCUCAGCCAGCCAGCCGACACGGAAUGAAGCAGAGGUCAUAAUAUAUAUGCAUAGGCUAACGCUCACUGUUUAGCUAGAACAAUCCAACGACAGGCGCGAUGACGUAUCCUUCAACCAGUGACGAAAUUCUUGAACUCUUUGUGCAAUAUCCUCCUGAAAAGAGUCAGAUGGGCAGCUUAUCAAACAGCCCCUCAUGCUCACCUCGUCGCUAUCCAGAAUAAACAACUCCAUCUUGCCGAGUGCCUCCGAUGCCUAUAGAAGUAGCAGAUUCGAAGACUUGCCAUUAAUGCAUCCAAAUUUUUUACCAAAUCGUUGUUGUGAUGACGCGAGUCGCCAUCUUCUGUCGAUCCGAAGUUCAGAUUCUUGAUGCUGCUUAUGGAAAUUAAAUCGCUUACGGGGUUCUGGGUUCAGGGUAUUGUAUGGCUUCUGGUGGAUUGCGGAGACUAUUUUCCCAGCGUUGUAAUUGUCCGUAUGAGCGGUCUUCGACGUACGACCCUGAAAGAAUAAAUGGUCGGUUCUUCUGU